CCGCAUAAUCAGCUCAGCUCGUGCACAGCUUUUAUUGUUCAUCCAAAAUUCGUUGUCUCUAACUUGCUCGUUAACUGCAUUCGUUGGGCUAUCUUUCCAGCCCGUUCGGUGGUAUUGCAUUCAGCUUCAAUGGAACCAGAUCAGGAGAUAUACAGCCAGCCGGGUAGUAGAAUCAGGCCAGCAGAAGGUUAUCAAGCGGCAAUGCAACACGCCCUUGUCCUUGAUAUUCAUGAUUCAGAUCAUACGGAGACGCGUGGCAGCGGCGGAUCGAAUCCCUUUCCGCAGGACUCCGAGUUGUCGGCCGCGGAUGGAGAGCGCACCUGUUGGAUAUGCUUCGCAACCAGCGAAGACAACCCACAUGCCUAUUGGGUGCAGCCGUGCCAGUGCCGCGGUGACACCAAGUGGGUCCACCAGAGCUGUCUGUACCGCUGGAUCGACGAGAAGCAGAUGGGCAACCGCCGGCAGCCGGUGAUUUGCCAGCAAUGCCAAACUGAGUAUAUAAUGGUCUUUCCCCAAAUGAAUCCCUUGGCCAGGGUGCUGGAUAGGCUGGAUUACGCAGUGAGGCUGACCUGCCCCUUUUUGGUGAUCGGAAUGUUCUUUUGCUGCAUUUACUGGGUUGCCGUCACAUACGGAGGCAUCACUGUCAUCCAGGUGGUGGGUCAAGAACGCGCACUUCAGCUGAUGGAGAAUAAAGUCAUCGUGCUGGUGGGUUUCCCCUUUAUUCCCGUGGGGCUGAUGCUAUUCCGACUGGUGCGCUGGAAAGAUGUCGUCUUGAGGGCCAUGCGCAGCGUAUACAACAUUCUGCGCAAGUUUCCCUUUUUCCACAGGACCCAGGAGCCGGAAGCUGCACCGGGGGACUUGGAUGACGCGAGCGACAGUUCGAGUAUAUCGAGCAGUACAGGCAGUUUUCCACCAAUCCUACGUAGUCCGUCCAUUGCCGAACCCUUCUACAUCUCUCGACUCAUUUGCGGAGCCUUCUUUCUGCCGACUAUUGUCACCACGGUGGGAAAUGUGUUCUUCAGGAGCAUUGACGACCCACUGCAGCGCACCAUCUAUGGCGGUAUUGCCUAUAUCGGGAUAAAGGGACUGCUGAAGAUGUACCUCAACCAGAAGUUAUAUAUCCGCCGCCUAGGGCGUAACGUUUUGAACUACACCGAUGGAAACGUAAGGAGGGAUGAUCAGAUGAGGGAAGACCCCGUCGACGGUUCGCAGAAUCCCCGGGCCAAUGCCAAUUACAAUCGGAAUCAAGGGCCGAAUGACGACCGCCAGUUGGCCGGAUUUUAUGAGAGCAUGGAUGACAGCUUAAGCGUUCCCACCACGGACUCUGAGGGUGGUGACGCGUCCGACAUUCAGGUCAUAGUCCAAUAAACUUUUAUAAUCCUUUGCAUCCAA